UGGCCUACUGUAACUGUCAUCUCUUGCUUUCGCAGUGUGUGUUUGCUUGCUUGUCGGUUUCCAACUUGCUUUUCAUUACAUUGCAUGUUGUUUUCUUUCCCCUUAAGCAGUUUUUAUUUUUUGUCCCGGUAGGUGGGCUCCGUCUGGCUGCAGCCCCUCGAUGACGCAGACGCGACCACUGCUUUGGAGGCGAAGACGCACGGAGCUCUUAGGGGCUUAGGAUGCGCCAAACACACUCCAGCGCAGCGUCGAGUCGGUAUGAAGCCAUGUGACUGAAGGUCGGGAGGCCGAAGAAUGGCGCUGCGAUUUGCGGAAAAGGGGCAUCACAGCCAGCGCAUGGCGAUCUUCGGCGCAGUGUUCAUCAUCACCACCCUCCUCAUCCUCUACAGCUCCAACAGCGGGAAUGAGCUGUAUGGCUCUUUGAGGGUGGGGACGUUCAGCGAGACCAUCAGAAACACCAACCUGAAGAAAUGGGCCGGCAAAGAGGGAUACAUCCCUGUCUACGGAAACAAGAGCAUGACCCUGCACUGUCAUCGCUGUGCGCUGGUGACCAGCUCCAGCCACAUCCUGGGCAGCGGGGCGGGGGAGGAGAUCGACCGCUCCGAGUGCGUCAUCCGCAUGAACGACGCGCCCACCUCGGGCUUCCAGCCGGACGUGGGCACGCGGACCAGCCUGCGCGUGGUGGCCCACUCCAGCGUGUUCCGUGUCGUCCGCAAGCCGCAGGAGUUCCUUAACCGCUCCGAGAGCCUGUCCGUCAUCUUCUGGGGCCCGCCCACCAAGAUGGGGCGGGACGCCAAGGGGCCGCUGUUCCGGCUGAUCCAGCGUGUCAGCGCCACCUACAGCAAUGUCUCCUCCUUCACCAUCUCCCCGGGCAAGAUGCGCAAGUUCGACGCCCUCUUCCAGAAGGAGACUGGCAGAGACAGACAGAAGUCUCAGUCGUGGUUGAGUACCGGUUGGUUCACCAUGGUGAUCGCCAUAGAGAUAUGUGACAAUAUCAAGGUUUAUGGGAUGGUGCCUCCCAACUACUGUGGGAGGCGUCCCCAGCCCAAGCGCAUGCCGUACCACUACUACAAGCCCAGAGGGCCGGACGAGUGUGUCACCUAUCUGCAGAACGAGAAGGGUCGCCGUGGAAACCACCACCGCUUCAUCACGGAGAAACAAGUGUUCGCUCGCUGGGCCAAACUCUACAACAUCACUUUCGCACACCCCACCUGGUGAGAAACUGAGCCAGCGUGGCUGCCAGCCCUGCUCUCGAGUUCUCGUGAGAAAUCAAGCCGAAAUGGCCACCAGCUUCCCUCACAGCAUAGUGGGAAACUGUGACGCUCAAUUUAAGUUUAAGCCCAACCAAACAUCCGACCGUCUUGCCUGUCCAGGCCGAUGAGUUUUCUUUAAUGCCCUGAGUCUAAAGAGAGAUUCAUCCAAAAUAGUUACGGUUUCCUCAGCUGAGGCACUGAUCCAAAAUGUCUGCUGGUUACACAUACAUCAUCAGCUCAGACAUUGAUCCAAAAUGGCCACUGGUUUCACAUAGCCUGUAAAGUAAACAGCUAAAUCACCAAGGAGCCCAAAGGUGUAGUAAUAGGAGGGUGGACAGUACACCUUUCUGUGAGGUAGAAAGGAAACACUAUUUAAUUUUUUUU